AUGCGCACUCGGUUAGCUGUCAGUGCCCAAGAUGGGGAGGCUUUUAUGCAGGACGAGGCUCAGCGUACAUGUUCAUCGGAUCUUGGGGGCACGGGCGCUUCCUGGCAGGAGCUGUGGCUGAAACAUGUCGAGUAUUGGCCAACUUCAGCGACUGUUGCCCUACCCCACGUGUACAGUAACAUCGCGGACUGGAUCGAGGUGGCUUAG